AUGGCUUACCACGACUUUGACGAUUCUAAUGAACGACCGCGAUACCGCAACUAUGCUCAGCGUAUUCAGCAGCGCGACGACGACGCUAUCGAGGCCAAACUCGUCGUGAUGGGAAACACUGGUCAGUUUCAGUCCCGCUUUUGCGCAAUCCUAGCACCCGCUGACGAGCAUUGGCGCGUCUUAUUCUACUCUACAGGCGUUGGGAAAACUAGUCUUGUCGCUCGCUACACGGAAAAUCGGUUUGGAAAGACGACUGCCACAACCGGCGCGCUCUUUGUCUCACACAAGACCAACUUUGACGACUUUCACGUCAAGCUACAAAUAUGGGAUACUGCUGGUCAGGAGCGGUUUCGGAGUCUGGCACCCAUUUACUAUCGCGGCGCAAAUGCCGCCAUCAUUAUGUAUGAUUUAACCCGUAUGGAAUCGUUCAACGACGUCCGGAUAUGGAUCGAAGAGUUGAGGAAAAACUGCGAUCCAGACUUGCUCAUCUACAUUGUCGGCUCAAAGUCUGAUCUGAUAGCACAACGACAGGUCACGCCAGACCAUGUCCGAUCGAGCCUCUACAAAUGGUUCCCGCCUCCACGCCGGCCAGAUCCAGACAUGCGGCCCCACACGCCGACGAGCAUUGGCCAGGGGAUCAACGCCUACCUCCGUCCUCGCUUCACGUCGAUCACCUCGGCUUAUACAGUCAACUCUGGUUCGUCGAGUGGCUCCUCGGGCAAAGUGGGAGUAGGCCUCACACGCGCAAAUACGACCGCCGCUGCCCCGCAGUCCCCGCGUAGAGAGGGCGCGCGCUUCAACUCUUUUCAAUCGUUUGACGCUCUCCCGACGCUUGCUGGUCCCCAAAGGGCAUUGGCAGUCGCUCGCAAGGCACAGCACAAUCGCGAGCGGAGCUGGGGCCCUGGAGUCGGUUCCGCUGGCGGAUUCUCGUUUCCGAGCUUUAUGAAUAAUGGAAGUCGAGAUUUGCAGGCUGAGGCUGUCAGUGAUGAAGAAGAGGAAGAAGAGCCAGAGUGGGGGCUCGGACGAUACAUGCAGUUGUUCGAGGUUUCGUCAAAGGAUGCCAGUGGCAUCCAAACGCUCUUUGGCGCGAUUCUAUCGGCCAUCAUUGAGCGCCGUGAAGCCAUCGAGGCUGAACGACGUCUACGAGAACGAGACAGCGUCCACCUCACCGUGCCAUACGGCUCAGUCCCCGAAGAAGAAGAGGCAAAGGAAAAGGAUGAAGAGGGCGAAGUUGAGGAGACGACGGCAGAGGAUUCAUCAGAAAUCCCGUCAUCUGCCCCAAAUAGGGAUGGAGUGAGCCCCAAGGCGGACGCUGCGACAGAGGGAAUGAGCUUGGCCGCUCGUCUGGACAUCAAGCCGGUUGCAAAACCCAAAGUCGCGUUUCCGUUCAAGACAAAGGGGCAUAUGAUCAAAGAGCUGCCGAAAGUCGACCUGAGCAAUGGCAAGGCGUCGACCCCGCCUCGACGACGCUCUCCUUCGCCUUCGUCUGCGAGCGGUGCCCCACCGAGCGAUAGGUCGAAACAAGGAGAUUACAAGCGUUCAGAGGGGAGAAGAGAGUAUGAUUCUGGACAUCAUUCACACGGACAUGAGCGCAGUCGACAUGAUUCGUAUGUUCCUGGAAGGGAUCGAAGUCCUCGUGGGGAACGGUCCUAUCAUCAUCACGGAAGGGGUAGCCCGAGAGGGUAUGAUGACAGAAGGCGGGACCGCACGCCGCCGCCGCCGCGGCGGGAUCCCCAUGUUUCCAGUGGGAGGAAUGACGAUGGACGUGAUGACUGGCGACGACGAGACCAUUCCGUGCGAUCUCCCGAUUACCGGGGAGGGAGAGGGUAUAAUUCUCCUCCCAAAGGUGACUUUUACGGUCGUCCUCACUCGCCUCGCCGCAACUGGUCCCCGGACCGUGGAUACAAUGCACGCCAUCCAAGAGACGAUACACGCGAAGAUUACAGACUACCUCGGAGACCUUCCCCACCUCCAGAGCGCUACAACUCGUACAGACCUAGAACACCAGAGUAUAGACGACGGUCACCGAUCAGGUAUCACGACGAAGGCCGGAGAUACGACGAUAACAGAUCAAGAGAUCGGCAUCCGUCUCCUUCGCACCGUCCAAGUCUUCUCGAUCGCAUCUCGGAUGUUGCACCUCCUCGACCAAGUACUCCUCCAGGGCGUCGCCCACAAACACCGCCCCCUAGAAUGGAUACAGACCCCCCUCCAAAGAAGAAUGAGGAUGGAAGGAGGUCGCCUCCACCACCUGUACAUGCGCUCCCUCCGAGGCCAACCUUUUCCAUGUCACACCAAGCGCAUUUUGACUCUUCACAACCAUCCCAGCUGCAACCGCAUCCUCCAGUGCAAGUCCCUCCACCAGCACCGGCAACCUAUUCGCGUCCAGAGCAACCGGUUCCACCACCAGAGGUAAAGACCGACCUACAGUCUACCAAAUCAGCAAAGGCGAGCCACAAAGUAGCCACAGUACGCGGCAAAGAAGAAGAAAGGCUGGCAUACGGUCGCGAGUUUGUUGGAUCUGGUCGGAUCAGCGAGUAUAUUAUGAUGCAAAAGCUGGGAGAAGGCACAUUUGGUGAGGUCCACCAGGCACGGCGUCAGGAUGCGUCAAAAGGUGGCGGUGGCGAUGUCGCACUCAAGAGGAUUAUUAUGCACAGCGAAAAGGAGGGCAUGCCCAUUACGGCGCUACGAGAGAUCAAGAUCCUCAAAGCAUUGAGCCACCCGAAUAUUGUCAAGGUGUUGGAUAUCGUGGUCAUGCCAAGAACGCCAAAGGAAGCAGGCUCAGUCUAUGUCGUAUUUCCUUACAUGGAUCAUGACCUUGCGGGCCUCUUGGAGAACAACUCUGUCCAACUGAGUCAAUCGCACAUCAAGUUGUACAUGAAACAAUUAUUCGAGGGAGUGGAGUACAUGCACGACAACCAUAUCGUUCAUCGCGAUAUCAAAGCGGCUAAUAUUCUGGUGUCAAAUGAAGGUGUCCUCCAGAUAGCCGACUUUGGUCUAGCUCGUCCAUUCAUCAAAAGAUCCAAACAAGAGCGAAUCUCAAAUCGAUUGGAAAAGUAUACAAACUGCGUCGUUACGCGUUGGUACAGACCACCCGAGCUCUUGAUGGGUGAACGCUACUAUGGGCCAGAAAUUGACAUGUGGGGUGUUGGAUGUAUACUCGCAGAAAUGUUUUUACGCCAUCCAAUCUUCCAGGGCUCGUCGGAUAUGGACCAACUCGAGAAGAUUUGGUGGCUUUGCGGAACGCCGACACGUGAAUCUUGGCCAGACUUUGAAAAUCUUCCAGGACUGGACGGCAUCAAGAUCAUGACGGAGGAUACUCACUCGCUCAUCGACGCGUUGUUGACACCGGAUCCAUCCAAACGCCCCUCAGCGUCCCAAGCUCUUUUGCACGACUACUUUUGGACAUCACCGCUUCCUGCGGAUCCAAAGACCAUUCCAAAGUUUGACGCGUCGCACGAACUCGACAAGCGCAAAAAGGCCAUACCCGCACCUCCCCCAAACCAGCAUCAUCACCAGUAUCGAGGGAAUCAGAAUGGACCGCCGUAUGGCUUUCACGGUGGCGGAAUGCGCGGUGGAAUGCGAGGCCGUGGAGGUCCUCCACCGCAUGGCAUGGGACGCAUGCACGGUGGACAUCCUGGUCAUGGCCCUGGGCCGAAUGGAUUCCCGCCUAUGGGCAUCCCACCACCACUUCAUAUGCACGGCCCUCCCGGCUCACUGUCGUAUGGUGCACCUCAACCUGGACCCGGUCCCAAUGGUUUACCUCCACCCCUGGGGUUCAGAGGACCACCGCAGCAGCGACAGCAACCUCGUCAUUCCUAUGGUCCACAGAAUGGAGGACCACCACCGCCGCGGGGUCCUCCGCCUCCGAGUGACUCGGUUGCGCUCCGAUACGAUUGA